AGAAAAAGUUCUGUUCUUUAUUGGAUGCUACUGACUUUCAGCUCUUCUCCUGCCCUUACUUAAGUAGAAGCUCAGUAUUAUCCACACUAUCAUUCAUGAAAAUGGGUUCAAGAGCUCUCUUCUUCUUAGCCAUCCUCUUCUUCUCAGCUCUCUCUGCCAUAGCAGAAGACAGCCAUGAGACUUCUGGGCUUGCUAUGAACUACUACAAAGACACCUGCCCUCAAGCUGAAGACAUCAUCAAAGAGCAAGUCAAACUCCUGUACAAGCGCCACAAGAACACAGCGUUUUCUUGGCUCAGGAACAUCUUCCAUGACUGCUUUGUUGAGUCUUGUGAUGCUUCGCUGCUGCUGGACUCAACCAGGAGGGUUCUGUCUGAGAAGGAAGCAGACAGGAGCUUUGGGAUGAGGAAUUUCAGGUACAUUGAGACCAUUAAGGAAGCUGUGGAGAGGGAGUGCCCUGGAGUUGUUUCCUGUGCUGAUAUUCUUGUGUUGUCUGCUAGAGAUGGCAUAGUUGCACUUGGAGGCCCAUACAUCCCACUCAAAUCUGGGAGAAGGGAUGGCAGGAAGAGCAGAGCAGAUAUUCUUGAACAAUACCUCCCAGACCACAAUGACAGCAUGAGUCUUGUUCUUGAGAGGUUUUCCAACAUUGGAAUCAACACUCCUGGAGUUGUUGCUUUGCUAGGAGCUCACAGUGUAGGAAGAACCCACUGUGUGAAGCUGGUUCACAGGUUAUACCCAGAAGUGGACCCUCAGCUCAACCCUGAUCAUGUUCCACACAUGCUCAAGAAAUGCCCAGAUCCAAUUCCUGACCCAAAGGCUGUGCAGUAUGUGAGGAACGACCGGGGCACGCCCAUGAAACUGGACAACAACUACUACAGGAACAUUUUGGACAACAAAGGGUUGAUGCUUGUAGACCACCAACUAGCCACAGACAAGAGGACCAAGCCUUAUGUCAAGAAAAUGGCAAAGAAUCAGGACUAUUUCUUCAAGGAGUUCUCCAGAGCCAUCACUAUUCUCUCUGAGAACAACCCUCUCACUGGCUCCAAGGGUGAGAUCAGAAAGCAAUGCAAUCUGGCUAACAAGCUCCACUAGUUUGGCUUCCUAAUGGCCUAGUAAUAAGAGGGUUGGUUGCCCUUACUGGACUUUGUUUAUCUACCAGCUUCAAAUAGUGUGGCAAGAAAGUGGUGGUGAUGUUGUUUAAUUUCAAUGGUUCUACUGUAAAUUUCUUAUUUCAGGCUUUGCAGUUUAUGUAUGGUGGAAGUAGGUGUUGGUGUUUGGAGCAUAAAUUAAUGGUGAUGGUCAUUAUGCUUGCUUAAA